AUGGAGGCGCUCGACAGGUCUUAUGGUAGAUGCGCGGGGAUCACUAGCACCCCAAAGGACCUCGCAUACCACAUAUGGAGCGUGCAAGUUGAGGUGGAGAAAAUCCUUGACGAGGUAUGGAUUCAGUUCAUGUUGGGACCGGCGGGGUCUCAUCUGCCGGGCCACUCGGCGCUCCAAAAGGUAGAUUUGAACACUGCAUUGAGUUCUCGCCCUGUGACUUGCUCGUCGGAGCCACCGUUGUACAACGAGCUUCCACCACCCUACGAGGAUGUGAUUCAUGACCUUCCUCCCGAAUAUUCUCCGCUGCCUCUACUUUCACAGCGCAAAUCAACGCGUUUUCCCUAUGCGCCAAAAACUCAGUUUACACCACAUCAUGGAGGAGAUAACGACCCCAAUGGUGGUGGUGAUGGCGCUGGGGCCGGUGGUGAUUCAGGCGGCGCUGGUGACGGCGACGGGAAUGGCGACGGGGGAGAUGGCGACGGGAAUGGCGGCGAUAGUUGGGGUGAUUGGAAUACAAGCGGAAAGAAAAAAGAUAAGAAGAAGAAAGAAGAAGAAGAAGAAAAAGAAGAGGCCGAGAGACUAGCUAAGGAAGAGGAAGAACGAAAGGCCGCUGAGGCCUCUGCUGCUAACAAUCUUAGCUGGGCUGAAGAGGACAGCGGUGGAGGUGAUGAAUCCUGGGCUGGCUUUGCGACUGUAGGAAAGAAGAAGAAAGGAAAGGACGUAAGUUUGAAUGACGGUGCACAGCAAUUGGACUUGAACUUCGACACUACAGCGCCCAAGACUGGCGGCACUGGGUUUAGCUUCGGAGGAUGGGGAAAAGACUGGAACACCGGUGGCAAGCCCAAUACGCUUGGAGGGGCUGAUCCCAAAGAAGAUCCCAAAGACAACAACCCCUGGGAAACCUCUAAGAAGAAAACGGGCAAGACCUCCCCCGGUGAAUUCAAUUUUGGCUUGGAUUCUGCACCUGCCGAAGGAACAAAACAAGAGGAUGAUUGGGGAGGUUGGGAUAUGCCAAAGGAGAGGAAGAAGGGGACUGGCGAGCCAGAACCUAACAUCGAGCCUCCUGCACCGCCCCCACCACCUGCACCUAAAGUCGAUUUCACACAGGAGGCUUGGUACCUAGGACUCUCCAAGAAAGAGCAACGUAAAGCGAAGAAGGAAAUGGAAAAGAAAAUCAAAGAUGAAGAGGAAGCUGCAGCAAAGGAGGCGGCAGAGCAGGAGGCAGCCAGGACUGCGGCUCAACCCGAACCUGAACCCGAACCUGAACCUGGACCUGAACCUGAACCUGAACCGGUGGUCGAGGAGACUCAGAAACCACCCGAGACAGAUACUGACUGGGGCUGGAAUGUUCCAGUCAAGUCCAAAGACAAGAAGAAAAAGAAGAUUGACCUUCUAGCUGAUUUGAUGCCCUCGACUCCUGCUGAUCCCCCACCUAAGGAGGAUGUCUGGGAAGAUGGAUGGGAUACUACAAGCAAAAAAAAGGACAAAAAGCCUAUGAAUCCAGAGCCCAUUGCCGACGAAGUAAGAUUCAAGGAGCCAGAACUCGAGCCGGCGCCCAUUGCGGAACCUGAACCCGAGCCUGAACCGGAGCCUAAAGCGCCAGCAAUACCCGAUGAUCCUCUAUACGCAAACUGGCGUACUAUAUCCUCCAAGGAACGCAAGAAGCGAGAGAAACAACUGACACGAAAGGGUCUUCCUAUUCCCGGUAAGGAUUUUGAGCUCCCUUCCGACGAGCCGCCUGCGGAAGUGCCUGAACCGGUCGUUGAACCCGAACCCGUACCUGAUCCUGAGCCCGAACCCGAGCCCGAACCGAUCGUUGAACCCGAACCUGAGCCUGAACCGAUCGUUGAACCCGAACCUGAGCCUGAACCGAUAGCUGAACCCGAACCUGAGCCCGAACCCGAAAAGGCGGCCGAAGAUGAUGCCUGGGGUAUUUGGGGGCCUGUAAAGGAGAAGAAAAAGAAAAAGAGGGGCAAAGACAUCGAGCAACCUCCUCCUCCUGCACCGACUCCUCCUGCACAGGGCCUGACUCCGGAGCCGGAACCCUUUGAUAAUGCAGACGAUAUUUGGGCAGACCUGGCCCCCAAAGCCUCCCAAGGCUCCAAAAAGGUCACGAGAGCCAUUGAAUCCCCCAAAGAAGAAAAAUUGUCCAAAAGCUUCUGGUCAACCAUCACCGGGGGUUCCACGAGCAAAGCCAAAUCAACGAAGAUUGACGAAAUUUCUAAUGCCAAAGAGGAGCAGAAAGAGGUUGCGCCAAUUGAAGAAGAAGAACUACUGCUUGAUGUUGAUAUGGACCCUGUAGACUCUAUAGCACAGGUGGAGCCUGAACCUGCCCCUGAGCCUGAGCCUCCGGCUCCAGCAAAGCCAACCAAGCCCAAGACUUCUAAACUCAGUGUCGCAGAACGCAUCAAGGCGUUGGAGCAGGCCAAGAGGGAGAAGGCAAAGGAGGAGAAGGCAAAGGAGGAGAAGGCAAAGGAGGAGAAGGCAAAGGAGGAGAAGGCAAAGGAGGAGAAGGCAAAGGAGGAGAAGGCGAGCUCAAAGGGGAAAUCUAAAGAAAAGAAGGCCGAGCCGGAGACUGAGCCAGAGCCUGCACCUCUCGCAGUGGAACCUGCUCCGACGAAGAACAAUUCAAAAUCCAAGAUCAAGUCAUUGUCCAAACAAGAAGAGUUUCAGCCAGAAGAAAGAACAUUCUCGAGGGAUUCUGUGCCCGGAAGCUUCCCAGACUUUGGGGACGACCUCGAGCCCCAGCCCGAAUAUGUACCUGAGCCCGAGCCUGAGCCCGAGCCCGAGCCUGAGCCUGAGCCUGAGCCCGAGCCUCCAGCCCCGGAUCUUUCAAAGAUGACCAAAAAGGAACUCAAGAAGUAUAAAAAGGCCGAAGCUGAAAGGGCGGCGGCAGCGGCAGCGAUAGAGUCAACUUCACCACCCCAGGAAAUCCCUCCAGCAGAACUAGUUACACGAGAGCCAGAGCCAGCGCCAGAGCCAGCGCCAGAGCCAGAGCCAGAGCCAGAGCCAGAGCCAGAGCCAGCGCCAGAGCCAGAGCCAGAGCCAGCGCCGGAACCAGAGACUGAGUCUGCACCCGCGAAGACAGAAGAGGAGAACAAAGCCGUUCCCCCGACGCCAGAGCCAGAGCCAGAAAAAACGCCUGCAAAAUCCCCCAAGAAGGACCGAGCACGCGAACGCAAUACGAACACAUCGCCAUGGAGCUUUUGGGGGCCCACACCACCUCCCAAAAAGUCAAGUAAAAAGGAAAGUAAGAAACAGGAGGCUGGAUCUCCAAAGCAAAAAGACUCCACGCAAGAGCAUUCUCCUGUCGCAAAGCGGUCAAAACCUACAAGCUCUCGACCCAAAGACCUUGAGCCAGAAUUGGAAAAGUCUUCUCCAUCUGAAUGGGGAAAACGGCGAGAACGAGAGAGCCGAUCCUUGAAGAACCAACGUGGCGUGACUUUGGCCAACAUGGUACUUGGUACACCCCAGCCCAGAAGCAAACCAAGCCGCAAGCCUAGUUCUCCAUCGAAAUCCGUGUCUAGACGCCCAUCAGUCGAUUUAGAUGACAAAACUGCUACCGCGAACCCUCUGAGUGAGAAGCCGGAUAUGUCUGUCAAGGCAGCCAAGUUGAUGGGCAUCGAUGCUUCUAAGUCUCGACGUGAACGUGAACGCCCACGGGCUGAGAGGCGGAAAUCAGCUCGAGAUCCAUAUCCAAUUGAGGAUGAUGAUCUCGUUAUCGUAGAUUUGGAGGAUGGCAACGUUCGGUCUCCGAAACGGCCUUCCAAGGAGAGAGGCAAAUCAAAGAGACAGGUAGCUUAUCAUGACCACAGCACUCUUUGUGCCGUUGUAUUGACUGACAAUUUUUUUAAGUCCCGCGUCAACCCUGACAAUGAGGACGAUGCUGUGAUGGUCGACAUGAACCAAGCACAUCUUGCUCCAGACAUCGUAUCACGGGCCGACGAUAUGGCCUUUGUCGAUGCGUCCCCAAGAGAACGCCGCCUAAAACGCUCGAAUACUGCACCACCAAGGAUCAAGGAGAACAGUGGGAUUAUGGGACUGUUUGGUUUGAGGAAAAACGCACGCCCAGAACGCACAGAGCGCCCAGAGAUGCCUGAACGUCGGAAGUCGCGCUCAUAUCGAGAUGAUGACGCAAGGGGUCCUUCGGAAAUGGAGCGCGAUUUUGGUCGCAGAUUACGCCGCGAAGAGCGACGUCGAGGGUCUGUCCGACCAGAGACUGAUCGUGAAGGUUUCAUGACCGAUGACUUUGGUGGCGGUGCAGGCGGCGAGAUCGAAGCAGAAGAAGCAGAAGCUCGACGAGCAGCACGUCACGCACGACGUGCAUCCCGCAAAGCUCCUUCCGACACACAUGGAAGUGAGGCACGUGAAGCAGAGGAGCGCCGUGCGAGAAGAAGAGAACGAGCACGUGAACAAUACGUAGAAUACCGCAACCCGCGAGCAGCAGAAUACCCACCCCGGGUACCUCUAUAUGCGGAACUUCAUCCUCUGGAAUCACAGGCGGCUCUGCGAGCCGAAGCCGAAUCCAGAAAGGCAGAGCGUCGUGAUCGCCGGCGCAUGCACGACGAGGAAAAGAUGGCAGCGAGAGCGAGCCGACGCCGUGAACGCGAGCAGGAAAUACCCAGUGAAUACUUUCCCGAUCGGGGAGCGUUGGAUUAUCGAGGCACGCGCAGCUCCCGUGCAUAUGACGAUCCAAGGUCUCGUCGUCGCAAGUCCAAAGUGGCACCCGAACCAACCCAGGAGCCGUUCAUGACUGGAGGCAUAUAUCCUAGCAGUGGUAGGAAAGAUAAGAUUUCCUCAUGGGUCUACUCACAAGCUGAUGAGCCCCCGGAGCCACCGCCAAUUGUCCCCACUGUGAUUGAUAUGCCUCCUACAGCUGCCGACGGAGGCAAUGCACAUUCUCUUUCUUCGGACGAGGAAGCCCGUCGCGCUGUUCGCCGCAAGGCUCGUCGCCGUGCCAAGUAUCCCGAGGAAGAUUUUGAUGACGCCCGUCCUCGAUAUCGUGGCUCCCGUCGUGAGGGUAUGAAAAGUAGCUCUGGAAGCGGCGAUUAUGAGCGUGAACGUGGGAUGAGGUCACAGCCGGGAAGUCGACAGAGCGCUCCGCCAAGCUCUGGGGCGAAGAUGCCCAGUUGGUUCCGCAAACUGACGAAUCUCUAA